AUUACAAACACGAGCAACGUCAAUUUACAGCGACAGUUUCUAGUUGCACGAUGGAGGUGUGUGGGUCUUCGAAUCCUACUUUGAGGGAGUUCGGCAGUGAACAGAAUUUACUUUCACGUCCAGAUGGUUCUUCAUCCUUCGUCCAAGGAGACACCAGCGUAUUAGCAGGAGUGUAUGGUCCGGCAGAGGUAAAAGUCAGUAAGGAGAUUUAUGAUCGCGCUACCUUGGAAGUGGUCAUUCAGACUAAAGUCGGCCUACCAAGCGUUAAAGAACGAGCCAGAGAACAGUGUGUGAGGGAGACGUGCGAGGCGGCUCUUCUCUCGACUCUUAAUCCACGCUCAUCCCUCACUCUCAUUCUCCAAGUGGUCCAUGAUGAUGGCUCCCUGUUGGCCUGCUUCCUGAACGCAGCCUGUAUGGCCCUGAUGGACGCAGGGCUGCCAAUGAGCUGCCUGUUCGCUGGGGUCACCUGUGCAAUCGAUGGCGAUGGCCGGAUCAUCAUAGACCCAAGCGCAGUGCAGGAGAAGGAAAGUCGAGCUUUGAUGACCUUUGCAAUAGACAGUAAAGAGCGCAGAGUGAUGAUGUCGUCUACCAAAGGAUCUUUUACAGUUCACGAGCUGCAUCAGUGUGUAGCCAUCAGCCAGAAAGCGUCAGACAACAUCUUUGAGUUCUACAGAGAAUCUGUCAGACGAAGGUACUCCAAGAGCGUCUGAUUGGCCAGGCUCCUGCUCAGCUCAGCUCCUUUGUUGUCUUGUCAUUUCCUUCUUUUUACAGACCGAACCCUUUGUGUGUUUUAUUAAAAUCUUUGGAAGUGA